UUCACUAUAUAUCAACUGAUAAUUUUCUCUGCUUCUUUCUUAAUUUCCAGCAAGAAAUUACGCUUAGAAUACUGCAAAACAAUUAAGCUUUAAUGAUAGGCUUCAAAUUUGCAUGGGAGAUCUUCCUCCUCCAUCUUCUGCUUCUUCUGUGCGCUCAUGGAAGCCAUGGAGAAGCGAAGGAGAUGAUGAACGGUGUUCUGAGACUUCAUAGUAUGGACGUCGAGGAUGGUGCUCCAGAUAAAACUAUGCACAGAGAUCAUCACGUUCAUGCUAAUAUGGAUCAUAUGGACCCUUCAUGGAUGGUGUUCUUCACCGUAAAUGAUCUCAAGAUCGGCAAGAAAAUGCCCGUAUAUUUUCCAAAAAAGGAUUCUUCAUCUUCUCCUCCAUUGCUGUCGAGAGAUGAAGCAAAUUCCAUUCCCUUCUCAUCCCAAGAUCUUCCUUAUCUCCUUCGCUUCUUCUCUUUCUCUCCAAGCUCACCACAAGCCAAAGCCAUGGAACAUACCCUGAGAGAAUGUGAGAUCAAACCCAUCAAUGGCGAGACUAAAAUCUGUGCUACUUCAUUAGAAUCCAUGCUAGAUUUCGCACGUGAAACCUUUGGAUUAGAGACCCAAUUCAAGGUUAUAAGCACUACCCAUCUCACAAAAUUAAGUACUCUUUUGGAUAAUUACACUAUACUUGAAGAGCCUAAGGAAAUACCAGUUCCAAAGAUGGUGGCAUGUCAUACGAUGCCAUAUCCAUACAAAGUCUUCUAUUGUCAUAGCCAGAAAACUGAAAACAAAGUAUUUGUGGUUUCAUUAGGUGGUGAGAAUGGAGGAAGAGUUGAAGGAGUUGCUGUUUGUCAUAUGGAUACUUCUCAAUGGAGUUCAAAUCAUGCAUCGUUCCGUGUGCUUGGGAUUGAACCAGGAACUUCUCCUGUGUGUCAUUUCUUUAGAGGAGAUAAUCUUGUUUAUGUUCCUGUUAUGCCUCUCAAUGCCUAAUACAAUCAAGCAUUUAUAUGAUCUUGAUGAAUUCCUAUGCAUGGUGUGAUUAAUAAUGUAUUAUCUCCUUUCACAAAAAUAAACUUGUUUUUAUUAAUAA